AUGCUUAAAGACAGUUCCGCCCACAGUCCUCGGUCGCACAUAUGCAUCGAGGUCCAGGAUAAAAUCCACUCUCGACCCGGUCCUCGGCUCGCGGCGACUCUUAACCAUGGAGAGGCGCGCUCGGAGUACCAAACAGCAGAAAUGAAGAUGUCUUCCGCGGUGGGAUGGUAUCGGAAGGAAGUGGCUACCUUCGAGACACAAGUAAGUGGUCGCGUAACGCCUAGUUUGCUUGCUCCCGUAAGAGUGGAGGUUUAUGGGAAAGGCAACGACCCCGACAAAUUAGAGCAAAUUGCCACAGUUGGUAUCAAGGAUGGUUCAGUGUCAAUUGUCACGGUAUUCGACGAAAAUAUUAUGACAGCUGUCGAACGAGCGGUAUAUAGUGCCAAAUUACCUGGAAUUGUUCCUCGGAGACCGGACACCAGCACCGUCAGAAUUCCUAUACCCAAGCGCGUUCAUCGAGCUAGUGUUAAGAAAGGCAAAUACGAGAAGCGCUCUACCGAGCUUGACGAGUUCCGAAGACUGGCCGAUAAAAACGUCGCCGAGGUAAACAUGAUCCUGGAAGAUAUGAAGAAGAUAGGGUCCCUAUGGGCGAUUGACUAG